ACCACAUGAUAUGGGUGGAAUUGGGAUGGCACGCACAGCACCGAGCUGCCUCGCACGCGACGCCCCGGUUGGCCCGCCUUUAUUUAGGCGCCGUGCUUUGUCCACAUCGGUCGCCCGGGCCGAGCCGACGCGCGCGCCAUGGCCUUCCCGGUGCACCGCGUCCUCCUGCUGUCGUCCCUCCUCUGUUUCUUGCCCCGCCAUGACGCCGCGAGGGUGGGGAGCUAUGUCACCGUUUCCACCGCUAGCUUCGCCGCGUCGAGCAGCACGAUCUGCGACGACGAUCCCGGCCGAGUGAUCGCACAGCAGCAGCUGCAGCGGGGGAACGGCACCUCGGCCGUGCUGCGGCUGACGCACCGUCACGGGCCGUGCGCCGGCCCGUCGAGGUCGGCGUCUGCGCCGUCGUUCGCUGAGGUGCUACGAGCGGACGAGCGGCGUGCGGAGUACAUACAGAGGAGGAUGUCGGGCGCGAAGGGGCCUGGCGGGCUGCAGCAGUUCACGGCCGCUUCUUCUUCCAAGUCGGUGACGAUACCUGCCAACAUCGGCCACUCCAUCGGCACGCUCCAGUACGUGGUGACGGUGAGCCUGGGCACGCCGGGCGUGGCCCAGACGGUGGAGGUGGACACGGGCAGCGACGUCUCCUGGGUGCAGUGCGCGCCCUGCGCCGCGCCCGCGUGCUACGCCCAGAAGGACCAGCUCUUCGACCCGGCCAAAUCAUCCUCCUACUCCGCCGUGCCGUGCGCCGCGGACGCGUGCUCCGAGCUGAGCACCUACGGGCACGGCUGCGCGGCGGGGUCGCAGUGCGGGUACGUGGUCAGCUACGGCGACGGGUCCAACACCACCGGCGUGUACGGCUCCGACACGCUGACGCUGACGGACGCGGACGCCGUGACCGGGUUCCUCUUCGGCUGCGGCCACGCGCAGGCGGGGCUCUUCGCCGGCAUCGACGGGCUCCUCGCGCUCGGCCGGAAGGGGAUGUCGCUGACUUCGCAAACCUCGGGCGCCUACGGCGGAGGGGUCUUCUCCUACUGCCUCCCGCCCAGCCCGUCCUCCACGGGGUUCCUCACGCUGGGCGGGCCGAGCAGCGCGUCCGGGUUCGCCACGACGGGGCUCCUCACGGCAUGGGACGUGCCGACGUUCUACAUGGUGAUGCUCACGGGCAUCGGCGUGGGCGGGCAGCAGCUGAGCGGCGUCCCGGCCUCCGCGUUCGCGGGGGGCACGGUGGUGGACACGGGCACGGUGAUCACGCGGCUGCCGCCCACGGCUUACGCGGCGCUGCGGGCGGCGUUCCGGGCCGCCAUGGCGCCCUACGGGUACCCGGCCGCGCCCGCGACAGGGAUCCUCGACACGUGCUACAACUUCACGGAUUACGGCACCGUGACGCUGCCCACGGUGUCCCUCACGUUCAGCGGCGGCGCCACCUUGAAGCUGGACGCGCCGGGGUUCCUGUCGAGCGGCUGCCUCGCGUUCGCGACCAACAGCGGCGACGGCGACCCGGCCAUCCUCGGGAACGUGCAGCAGCGCUCCUUCGCGGUGCGCUUCGACGGCAGCUCCGUGGGGUUCAUGCCCCACUCCUGCUGACGGAUUCGGUACUAUUAACUCGUGACUGGCUACUUCUCACAAAACGAAAUUAUACUAGUAGGUACUAGGAGUAUAUACAUACGUGUGUAUUGUACGUGUACGUACACGGCAAAAGGCAGAGGCAUACACAAACACGAUGGUGAAGUUCUUCUUUCAUUGGUGGAUGAAGGUGCAGAAUACUCUUCGGGGUGCUAAUUAACCAGAGGCGUGAACGUGUUGACGUACGCACGCGCGACACGGUUCGUUUGAUUUUUGAGUGUCGCGGUCAAAUGACUCAAGAACGAGCAACUGACGGGUUACAUCGAAAACUAGUGGAGAGUUAGGAGGGUGGUGAGGACCCACCGUACUCUUCUGAUAGUGGCUGCUUUGGAAGGCAUCUCGCCAAGUCUUUGUACUUUUGUCGACUCGUGGAGCCCGGAGAAAAUAUUGGACGAUCGUUUUGCUCAA